CGACAUGCGCAACAUCCACGAUCAACUUGCUUCGAAGUAGUCUGCCGUGUGUGCUGUAUGAUGAGAAAAUAACACAAGUGUUUGAUUGAAAAAGACACGUUCCCCGAGGUUAUCAGUUUACAGGGGUAACGAUAUGUAUAAUAAUAUUGGACUGCAGACUCCAAGAGGCUCUGGAACCAAUGGAUAUGUAACAAAAAAUUUGUCAUUCCUUCAGGCGCGCAAGGAGAAACAAGAUUACCUGAAGGAACAAGAUGUCAAAAGACACGAGCAAAGUUUGAUGAAGAAACCGAAUAAAGACAUCCUUGAACAUGAAAGGAAGCGGGAAAUAGAACUCAAAUGUUUAGAGCUACAAGAUAUGAUGGAAGGGCAAGGGUACAAUGAUGAUGAAGUUCAAGUCAAAGUGGAUGAGUUUAGAAAAAUGCUGCUUGAAAAGCAAGGUCUUGAAAAAGAGAAAAGGAAGUCCAUACCUAUUGGAGCACCAGCUGGGAGUCAUCAAUUUGCAGAGGCUAAUGAGAUGAAAAAUGAAAGAGUCAGAGAAGCAUUUGGGAUCAAGCAAGGUUAUACAGAGGGAAGCUCUUUUAGUGCUGAAUAUCAAGAUUCUAAAAGAGAGUCAGAGAAAGCUGAAAAAGAAGCAAAGCAGAAAGAAUACGAGAAGUCAAUUAGAAGAGAGGAAAAGGAAGAAAAGCGAAGAAGAAGAAAACGAAGAAGAUCAUCAAGUUCAGAUGACAGUGAGGUUGAAGAAAAGGGCAAAGAAGAUGUUCAAAGAGAGAGCAAAGAGUCCAGUGGUGAUGAAAAAGACCAGCGAGAUAACAGAAGACGGUCAAGAGAUAAGGACAGACGAAGUUCAAGAGAGCAGUCUUCUAGAAAAGAGUCAAAGAGUAAUGGCGAGAAUCAGAAGCUAGUUGAUGAUUAUGCUUCAUCUGAGUCAGAUAAUGAAAAGGAACAGGGUAGGAGAAGCCAAGCACUGGAUGCUAUUGACAAUGAGCUGAAGGAGCUUCGCAGCCGCUCCAGUCGCGGAAAGAAUCGGGAAGAAAAAGAGACUGUAGCUGAGAGAGAGUCUGAUCGCAGGCAUGGGCGUGAUCGCCGUUCCCGUGACAGGCGAGUAAGUUCUGAAGAUGAGGAUGAUGGUCGUAGAGGUAGAAAAAGCAGGUCUGAAUCGCGGGAAAAGCGGAAUAGAAGUCCAGGACGGGAAAGACGGAACUCCAGGUAUGACAGGAAUGAAAGGAAGAGAUCCAGGGAUCGUGAAAGAGAUGGAAGGAGUCGCCAUGAAGUUGAAAGGCGGAGGGAAGAGUCCCCUGAUAGUUCGGGUUCAGAAGAGAGAGGUAGGCGUGGUAGAGAAGAUAGGCGUUCAAGAAAGAGAGGAGGUUCUGAAGACAACCAUGCUCGCAACAGGCAAGAACUGCAGGACGGUGAGCAUCACAUGCCUAAACAUGAACGUGAAAGUCAUCGUCGGGAUGCCGAGGAAGAUCGUUAUGACAGACGGAGGUCGGAGGAGGUCUCUAGAAGGAGGGAGAGACGUUCAGAGGAAGGUGGUAGAAGGCAGCGUGAUGAGAGGGAUGUCAAACGAAGAAGUCCUGCAAGAGACGAUGAAGGAGGUAGGAUCAGAGAAAAAGAAGAUCAGCGCCGUAGGAGUAAAAAGAGUAGAGCAGAAAGAAGAAGAUCUAGUGAAGAAGAUGGCUCAAGCUCCGAAGAUAGCGAAGACGAGAGGAAAAGAAGAAAAGAAAGAAGAUCAAGGCAAGAAAGACGGGAAGAUGAGGACGCAAUACAAGAGGUGGGAAAGCAAGCUGAAAGUGAUAAAGAGCCAGGGGAAAUUACAGAAGAGAGCAGUGAAAAUGAUUCAAGAAAUGAUCGGGAAAGAAGAUCAAGAAAGGAACGCCAAAGGGAGUCUCGGGGGUCCAAUGAAAGGCCAAAGGAAAUGACAAAGGAAAGGCAAGAGAAUCAGCACAGUGCUAAGAAAGACUCAAAGGAAGAGCGUCGAAGGAGUGACAAGAGGGAGAGAAAAAGGUCAGUUUCCAUUGAAGAAGAAGAAAGGAAAUACAAAAGCAAGUACGAUGCUAGUAAGGAAGACGAACAUCUUAGACCCGAUGCUGAUAAAGUUGAGGUUGAGAUGUUUGAUCGUCAGGGAGAGCUUAGCAACAAAGAAAGAAGAUCAGUGUCACGUGAAGGUGAUCAGAUCCAGCGGGAGGCAAGGAGUGCUGUGGAGGGGGAAAGGAGGAAGGGUUCCUCUUUUGGGGAAAAGGAUGAAACUGCAGAUAUCAUUGAAGAGGAAGACAUGGAUAUCGAUGAAGAUUCUGAAAAAGAAACAGAGAAAGUUGACUCUGAAAAGAAAGUAGAUUCAAUAUCCGAAAUGGAUGAAGAGAAGUCAAAAGGCCGAACAAAGGAUGCUGAUUUAUCAAAUGUGAACCGCGGGUUUGGCAAGGAAGAUAGAACAUCAUUUUCAGUGGAACGAAGCAGAGAUUCUUUAGAAAGAAGAAGUGAUGCAAGGCAGUCGUCUACUGAAAAGGUAUCUAGAACAGAGAAAGAAAGAGAAAGGCGGCAAGAAGAAAAACCACAGCCAAAGCGAAGAAGUGAGGACCAGAGAUGCAAGGAAGACAAAGGUGAUGACAAGGGGCAAAAGAAAAUUAAAGGAAGACAAAGUGCAGAGGAAAGUAGUAAUCGGGAUUCAUCAUCUUCAGAUGAAGAGGACAAGAUGAAGAGCAAAAGACAGACAGAACGUGAGGCAAAAGCCAGUUCUCAAGUGCGUAGAAGCAGGGCUGCCAAGCCAGAGGAGUCAAGCAGCUCUUCUUCAGGAUCUUCAGAUUCGAGCUCAGAAUCAGAGGAUGAAAACGAGCAGGAGAAGAGAAUCUCGAAAGAUAGAAAAAGUAAAGAAGCUGCUGACGAACGACGUACUCCAAAGGAACGGGAAGAUAAAGGAUCCAGAAGGAAAGUUGAAGAGGUAUCAAGAAGGCAGCUGCCAGCUUCAGCUCAAAAGGGAAAAAUAUCAAAAGAGAAGAAGAGCAGUAGCAGCUCUUCAUCGGAGUCAGAGAGCGAAGAGGAAAGCCCUCAGAAGACAAGCAAAAGUACCAAGAAAAUUGAUAAGAAGGAAAGAACUAGCAGUGAGAGCAAUUCAUCAAGUUCUGAAUCGGAGUCAGAUCGAGGUAAGAAGGGUCGUAAAGAAGAUGCCGAAAGGAAAACGAAGCCCAAGGAAAAAGCCCCUCGUCAGAAGGAUGAGCCUCCAAGUAAAAGAGCAAGAAAAGAUGUAGGGCACAAUGAAGGUCGUGUUUCAGAAAAGGUUGUCGAUGUGGGUUUAAAAGCAACUGCGAAAGGAAAAGAGGAAGUGACUGUAGUUUCUGAGAAAAGAAAGACUUCUGAGAAAAGGAGGGAUUCACUGAAAAAAGAAAGUUCAGAAAAAAGAAAGAGUUCUAGUAAACAGAAAAAAGAAGAAGUUGAUAAGAGAAGAGAAAAAGAAAAGCUGCGAAAACAGAAGAAGGGUAAAGAAAGUUCAUCUUCAAGCAGCAGCGAAUCAGAAAGUGAAUCUGAGAGCAGUUCGGAGGAAGAGAAAUCGUCUGAUUCUUCAGAAGAAGAGUUGUCGAAGAAAAAGAAGAGUAAAAAGGCUACGAAAGCACCAACAAAAGAGAAAUCCAAGCCGAAGGCAAAUAAAGAUUCAAGCUCAAGUUCAGAGAGCUCUUCGUCCUCUGAGGAAGAAGAAAGUGCUGACGAGAAAAAGAAGAAAAGAAAGAAGAAAACUUCAAAGUCAGAGAAAGAAAGAAGUAAAAAGAAGUCAAAGGAUGUGUCAAGCUCAACCUCCAGCUCGGAGAGUUCAGACGAUGAUUCAAGCUCAGAAGAUGACAGGCGGAAAAAGACGAAAAAAUCGAGGAAGAAAAUCGAUACAAAGAAGAAAAAAGACAAGAAAAGCAAGAAAAUUGAUAAAAAGUCUCGAAGACGAAAGCACAAAAAGAAGCAAGAGUCAAGCAGCUCUUCUGAUUCUUCAUCGUCGUCAUCAUCUUCUUCAGAAUCUUCAUCCGGGUCAAGCAGCAGCUCCAGUGAGUCAGAGCCAAAAAGGAAGAAAAGACGUUGACACGGACGAGAGACGCUAAAAAUUAAUUUUGCUGUUGUGUAAAGGGGUCAUUGUAGAGAAAAUAAACAUGUCUUCAAUGCCAAGCAGCUUAUUUACAUUAUUUUAUAAGCUUUCAUAUUUUAUCAGCUUGCUUUAAAGAACUUCUCCCCGUAGUCACACAAUGGAUUUCUUUUGUAUAGCACUGACAGCAGUUUGAAGUACUUAUUGAGUACUUUGAUCCCAUGAAACUGGUGUACGGUUGCUUAAGAUACGAUUUCAUCCAUCUGAUAUUUCGAGGGUUAUGAUUGAUUAAUUUUUAACGAUGCUAAUUAUGAUUGAUUUUUUACUGUCUAGAUGAGUCCUAAAUUUUUCAUCCCAAUGAUAGCAAAGAACACUUGAUUAUUAAGUUGAGACCCCCAUUUGAUAAGCUAAUUUCGCAUCCAACAUUAACAGCUUGUUAUUACUAACACAAUCAUCUGCUCUUCCUUUGACGUCAUAGAAAACAAUUUUCUUUGAUUUCUUAAGUUCCUUGCACAGCCAUUUUAAUGAUUUAUAGUUUUGUAAACAAGCUUGUUUUCAUUUCUAGAAUCAGGUGUUGGUUGGAUGCCUCA